UAUUGAACACUCUUAAAAUCUCACAGAGAUUCGACUUGCGUCCAUUGAUUGAUCGGCUUUCUUGUUGACAGUCGCCACUGCAAUUCCAACCAGCUUUCCACUACCUUCGUGUAUGGCACAUAUGCAUUGCAUCUCACUCAUCCAGACAGAUAUCAGGUUAAGAUAGGUCCGUAUGGAUGUAUUGUCUCUGCUUAGUAGGGUCGCUUUACACAUCGGCUCUGAGACGAAGAACUGUUCCUAGAAGAAUAUCACCAAACAUGUUCACUCGGUAAGUGGACUAAUGUCUUUUAUUCGAUAUUGCAGUCCGUGGCUUGGAUAAUACUUUUAUAAGUUUAAGCGCCUCGUCGAACCUGUUCUUCGUCAGAUCGACGAUUCUGACACCGAUACUCAUUCGCCCCCAGAUAAUUGCAGCAUUGAUAUUUUUUGCCUUAUGAGAGCUGACAGAAGAUUCCUUCCAUGCCACAUCGACGAUGUAAUCUGAAGAGCAUUGGAACAGUUCAGCGAUGGACGACAACGACCCCUCGCAAAACGAAGCUAUGAUGGUGGCUCGGGCAAGGAUGUUUGCGCCACUAAUCUGGGAUAUGACGCCAGACUUUGAGAUUCAUAGUCUGAAAGAUACGCGUUAUGACGAAGCCAUCAAUCUUAUAAAAGUUCGUGGUUCUGAUAUCGUAGCAGCUGACAUUGCUUGACCUCCAGGUGAUUGGUGGCAGCUUUCGAAUAGCGAAAUCGUUAUCUCAUGGAACUCUUUUACGUACAUUGUCCAGACAUCGAUACGGGAAUAAUAAGAUUGCUCAAUGAUUCAUGCUCACAGCAUCAUUACAUCAAAGAGGAUCCAAUGUGUGCGUCGUGCGAAUUCAGCGAAGACCUUAGCUCUGUCACGAGGUUUUUGGAAAUGGCGCUUACUUGGAUAAAAGACACUUUAAGCAUAUGCGCCUUGAGCGCACGCACUGGUCGACUAGUCGGAGUUGCGGUUAUUAGGAUAAAUGCUCUGUGUGACAAGGCAGAGGUCUACAAUCGAAUGCAGGUUCUGAAAGGUGAGGCGCUUCCAAAGAUUCUACAUUUGAAGAACACCUUGAUAAAGCAAGCGGAGAUUUACAAGACAUUGAACAUCGAGGAGUACUUAAUGAUCUAUAUUUUGUCUGUUCAUCCAUCUUUUGAACGAAAAGGAGUUAGAGCGGCGCUGAUUCAGGCUACAAUUUCCGUUGGCAGGACCUUGAAGUCCCCUAUUAUUUUUGGGAUAUUCACAUCCAAGGUGGAUCAAGAAGUCGCAGAGACUCUGAAUUUCGAAACAUUUUCAAUCAUUCAGUACAGUCGAUGGAUCGUUGACGAUGAGGUUGUAUUUGAUGAUCCUGGAAUUGGCAAUUACUCGGCAGCCUUGAUGGGUUUUGUCGUGCCGAAAGAACAAAACGAAGAGAUCCCUAUAAAGUAGGAUAGCUCAAAACAAGAAAGAAUAUAAAAAACGUCGGUGACCUCUGCGAGUAGUGAAGGGGCAGUGUUA